UCUCACCAACAACGUUGUUAGGAUUUGCAAACACUAAAUUCUAUCUCCAACAUAUCAAUGGCAAACACAAUUUCCAUCACCCAAAAGGUUACUUGCUUUGGCUUAGGGACAUUGGACAAAACUCAAGCUUCAAAAGUUGGCCUCCCUCCAACCACUCAUCAUCACGUUCGAAUCAACUCCAACAUCAUCAAAAAUAAUCGCUGCUAUGUUUUGGAACACAACUUAGGAUUAUUCAGAUUUCCAAGUUACACCACCACUAGAAAGAUGAAUAUGAGUGUGUUUGGCAGUACUCAACCCGGUCCAGUUGAUCCUUCUUCUUCACCUGCUCAUUGGAAAUUCUGGAUCAUAGGAACGAUAUUCACGAUACUUUUAUCCUUUUCGAGGGGCAAAUGGGGUCCUUUGCUACAACUCAAAGAGAAAAUAGAAACAAGAAUGAAGGAAGCGGAAAAGAUAGCGGAGGCAGUGGAAGAAGUGGCGGAAGGGGUGGAGAAGGUAGCUGAAGAUGUUGCCAAGAUUGUUCCUGAGGGAAAGCUUCAUGACGCUGCUCAGUUUGUUGAAAAAGUAGCUCAAGAUAUAGACAAACAUGCCCAAGCCGCAGAAGAUGCAUUAGAAAAGGCAAAAGACAUGGAACAAGACAUGGAAUCGUUCUUUGAAUCAACCACUCAUGGACAAGAAAAAAGUGUUGCCACCACCACAGAAUGGAAAGAUCAAAAGUAGAAGAAAAUACGGUUGAAGAUUAAACGAACACUGUAUAUACACUAUUAAAACAUGUAUAAUGUAAUAAUUCAUUAUUCGUUAUUCCUUGUUUCUUUUUUCCUUUAAGGUGAAGUCUAUGUUGAUUAUUUUAUUAGUUAUUUGUAACAACUUCAAUUUAUAUAAAGUGAAAGGUGACAUUUAAAAGGGUGGAUCUAAAAA